GCUUGACUGACUGACUUUUGAGGGUUGAGACUUGUUUGUUUGGAGUGGCCUCAAAACAAGUUUUAGAAGCUUCUCCUCAUUGAUUUCAAUUAAAAUGAAAAAUGCAUUUGGAAGAAACAAGAAAGAAUAGAAAUGAAUUGAUAGAGUGUUUUAGUUGAUCAAGAAAGAAAAGAAACAACAAACUAAUUAGUCUUUCACAUCACAUCCAUCGCUCAUCCUUUGUCUAAUCUAUAAAAUAUUUACCAUUCUUUAACCGUUUAUUAUUUUCUUAAUUUUAAUCCGUUCCAUAAAGUAUUUAUUUCCUGGAAUAUGUUAUUUUGAAUAUUAAAAAAUGACGAAUAGGGAGAAUACUAUUGAUACAUGUAUGUAAGACAAAAGUAAAGAUGUCUUUCCAUAUUCUUAACUCCCAUUUAGACUAAUGACUAAUGAGAUAGGUUAAUUGUUCACUCCCUCAAGUAACAAUAAUAUAUGUAUAUAUAUGUGUGUGUGUGUGUGUGUGUUUUUUAAUCAUCAUACAUACAUACAUACAUACACACGUACAUGGCAUUAUCAAUUAGUGUUGUCCUAAUCAAAGCUUAUUUAUUUUAGUCAUAGGUGCCAUCUUAAAUUGUGAUGACAUGAUUAAUUAUAUGUGCAUUGUGAAAAUUAAGGUAGUAGUAGUUAGUUGUAUAGGUUACUGACUCUCUCCAAUGUCUUGUUCUUGGAAGCAAAACCCCUAAAAAAAUUAUAUAUAUAUAUAUAACACACAUAUGUAUGUAUGUAACUAUAUUAUAUACUUUUAUAUGUGGUGACGAUUGACCUGUUUAAUUCGAACAAAUGUAUAUUGUCAUUGGGAAAUUGUAUUAACAACUAUUUUGCAUAUUAUAACUCCGUAGUAGGUGGUCACCAAUUAUAUACAUAUAUAUAUAUAUAUAUAUAUAUAGAGAGAGAGAGAGAGAGAGAGAGAGAGAGAGAUACAGGUGUUCGUUUGUGUUUAUGGUGAAAAGUUUUCAAACUGUAAUGGAAAGAUUUAUUAGUUAAUGACUUGUUAUUCCAGCAAAAUUAAUAUUUUAAUUGACUGUUACUUUCAUGCAUUAACUAACUAUUACCUAACUCUUAUUCAAACCCCCAAUACAUACAGAGGAAUGUUCCAUGCAUGCAUGCAUGAAGCAUAUAUAUAUCAGAGUGACGUGCAUCUUCUUCCCUAGCUCCAUAUAUAUAUACAACACACUAUAUCAAUCUUCUGAUCUGAUCUGAUCUGAUCUACAGAAAUAUAUAUAGAUAUAUAUCAAGAAUGAGACCUCCUCUUCGUCUUCCUCAACCUCCCAACACCAUUAACAUUAGACGACGACAAUAUUACUAUUCUGGUAAAGCAGCAGAAGAAGAAAUAGAUCAUGAAGACGAUGAUCAUAUUGCGAUGAAGAAGGGGGCGUGGACACCAGAAGAGGAUCAGAAGCUAAUCGACUACAUAGACAAGCACGGCCAUGGCAGCUGGCAGCUCCUUCCAAAGAAGGCCGGCCUCAACCGCUGCGGCAAGAGCUGCCGUCUCCGGUGGACCAAUUAUCUCCGGCGGGACAUCAAGCGCGGAAACUUCUCCCCGGAGGAAGACAAGCACAUCAUCCAUCUCCACUCACUUCUCGGCAACAAGUGGUCCGCCAUAGCCAGCCGCCUCCCUGGCAGAACUGAUAACGAGAUCAAGAACUACUGGAACACUCACCUCCGGAAGAGGCUGAUCCGAUCUGGAAUCGACCCCAAAACUCACCAGCCAUUGUUGAUGCUGAACGGUAGUGAUUAUCCCAAUAAUAAUUACCUCGACUACUACAAUUCCUACUCAAGCACUUUUGAAAGUGGCUUUAUUUCGAAGCUUGGAGUCCUUUGUGGCCUUCUCCAAGCCCUGAAGAACAGUAAUCCAUCGCCGCCAUUAAUGCCCCCGAUUAUGAAUCCUAAUUUAGGUUCAACGGAAACCCUAAACCAGAUGUACUUGAACAGUAAUGAUAAUAAUGAGAAUGAUGAUGGCGGCAUCCCUCAGCAGCAGGGAAUGGUUGGGUUGGAGGAGACGAUGCCGAAAUUGAUGGAGGAGGUGGGGGAAGACUACUGUGGAAACAAAGGCGUGACGACAGAAUUGUUGAGUGGAAGCACAAUUGGAUCAUCAUCGUCGUCAUCAGUUGACGGUGAGUUGGGGCAGAUUCUGAAAUGCGGGAAGGAUGGUGAGGUGUUUGGAUUUCAGAAGUCAUUCCCAGAUGAUGAUGAUGAUGACGAUCAUAUUCAUAUGUGGGGAGGACUGGGACUGGGACUGGGACUGGGAGAAGUCAUUGACUAUAAGCAACUACUACUACACAAUGGCAAUGGCGAUGAUACAUCAGCAGCUUCUUCUAGAUCUUGCAGCUGGAAAGACGUUCUGAGUGAAUUCUUUUCUGAAUAACCAAUACAAUACGAUUGAUUAUAUAAUUACACACCUACCCUACUCAAUUUGUUUUGUGGUCGUGGUAACUAGCAGUAAGUAAUUAAGUAACAUCAUUAAUUGAUUUUCCGAGAUCAUAUGUCUAAAUAUAUUUUCUUCCUUCCUUCUCAUUUUUCUACUUAUAGUUUUUAGGUUUUUAUCUUUUGAUUUGUCGUAUAUAUAUAUACUUCAAAACAUUUACAGAUCUAAUUGGUAGAG